AAAGUGUAACAGCGGCAGGGCGAGCGUGGUCGCCCCGUGGGUCGCCUGCAGUAUGCUCAGGGUCUGUGACAGACGGAUAUUAUGGCUGCAGGUGAGGCCAGCACGGCGAAGCCUCGUCAGGAGAAGCAGUACGACUACCUGCUCAAGUUCCUGCUGGUGGGUGACAGCGAUGUCGGCAAACAAGAGAUCUUGAGCGGUCUCGAGGACGGCGCCGCGGAAUCGCCGUUUUGCAGUGGCAGUGGUACAGUUUUCCAAAGAAUCCCAAAUUUCUUCUUAUUGGAUGGAAAGCGAGUAAAGCCAUUAUGGGAUACAUCAGGCCAAGGUAGAUUCUGCACGAUCAUCAGAUCUUACUCCAGAGGUGCCCAAGGCAUACUCUUGGUGUACGAUAUUACCAAUAAAUGGUCCUUUGAUGGCAUAGACAGAUGGCUAAAAGAAGUGGAAGAACACGCACCAGGUGUACCAAAAGUGCUGGUUGGCAAUCGUCUACACUUGGCUUUCAAGAGACAGGUAGGUGAACGAGAUGCGGAGGCUUAUGCUGCCAAGAAUCGAAUGGCAUUCUUUGAAGUCUCGCCCCUCUGCGAUUUCAACAUUCGCGAAAGUUUCUCGGAACUGUCUCGGAUGGCGUUACAUAGAAACGGCAUGGAAAGAUUAUGGCGAUCUAAUAAAGUGCUCAGUUUGCAAGAAUUGGCGUGCCGCGCGAUAGUGGCUCGCACAACAGUUUACGGUAUUGAACAGCUGCCGUUGCCCAAGACGAUCAAAUCACACUUGAAGUCGUAUGCGAUGACGACCACAUCCCAACUGCGCUACAACGGCAAUCGUUCGUUGAGCUCCAGCAAGAGUCUGGGAUCGCAUCAUCGGAAGCUACGCUUUGUCGGAGUGGGCCAUAGUAAUGGGCUAUCGACGCCUGGUAGCUCGCCUGGUAGCAUCACUGAUUCCCGGACAAGCUGCGUCGGUCGCAAUUCAUGCACGGUGUCUUGAGAACGACAGAGAACAACAGAAGUCAGGGUAGCGGUUACUUACAAAACAUCAUGCAACAAUCAGCGUUCUUCCUUCUCCCUCUCCCCGUUCUGUCGAGGAUGCAAACGCGCUUACAAUGUUGUUUCAAGAUUCAUAGUAAUUACUGUUAGAUUUACGAGAUAGUGUAUGUAUAUACACUAUCACUUGCCAACGUUGACGGAUAUACUUGUUGCGUUUAUAUCACGCGAGAUUACAUUUCAUAUAUAUUUUCACAUUCGCGAACCGCGCGCACAGUCUACGAUCCGAACGGUUAUUAACGAGCUUAAGGGAGACGAACUAUCGUGUAUUCGUGCCAUCAGUUGAUCAGGAAUGAGAGAAGCACAUUAUAAGCACAGAAAAUUGUUUGAACAUUAUCAAGUGUUACACGGCGUAGUGUCAUCGAUCACAGAGCUCGCAUGGAUUUUGCAUCGUGAAAGGAGAAUGCGUUUACAGAUUACGGAAGUUUAUAAAAUAUACACCCAUAUAAUAUAUUGACCGAUAUACAUUACACGAUUCGAGUGUGCAUACUUUAAAGUCUAUAUAAGCAACUUUGUUUCUUUUGGCCGUUGCUGGAAAAAACGUCCCUCCCUCACAAACGUAUCUCUGCGCGGAAUGAUCUUUCCUCGAUUGAUAAAAUUACGAGAGCAGCGAGUAAUGAAUUGAAAAGUACAAGUUCGCUAAGUCUACGGUGGUUGUGGUGUAGACUAAUGACGAUAACGUAAGUGUAGAAAGUCUAGAGCAGCUAAUUCGAGAUACAUUAGCGGUAUAUAUAAAUAUAUAAAUAUAUUUUCAAUUGCUUGUCGAUGCAAAAGACCGUUUUAUUAUCGGAAACCGAUGGUUGCCGAUGCCGAGAGCGCGGAAGAGCUAUAUAUUUUUUAAGAGACGGUUUUAUAAAGAGCAAUAAGAUUGACUCUUUCUACGGCACGAGUUUUUAUAUUACCUUAUGUUGAUCGAUCGAAAUCAGGUUUUCUCGAUGUUUUAUCCCUCUUUCUUUCUCUUUCUUUUUCUAUGGAUUGUAUCGCGCGAAGCGAUACGAUUUUUAUUCCGUUCCGUAUUUAAUGAAAUUCGGAAAAUUCUCUCCGUUUUAUUUAAGAGUGUUGUCUUAUUUAAUGUUACCUAAAUGUAAGUUCAUUUGUACAGUGUAAGAUUGCAGGAGAUGCGUUUGUGUGUAAUAUAGAUAGAGAUAUAGAUAGAAAACACACUCGAUCUCUAACGAUAUGUCUAUAACAAAUCACUCGAUGCCAGGAAAGCACAUGAGAUGUAUAUUUAUAUUACGUUAGAUUUAACUAAAUUAUAUUCUGUGUAUAUAUAAAGAAAGAAUUAUAAUAUUAUUUUAUAUGAAUAUAUAUAAAACACGAUGUGCUUGUCUGUGAGAUGUACGAAAUAAACUUAACUUCACAUUAUGCAUUAUGCAGUGCAUGUAAUCUGUAUGUAAAGACUUCAAAACGAACUUCCUAUUUCGAAUACCAAAUUUUCUUUAAUAAACAGUCAUACGUUAAUUACACACACACACACACACACACACACAUUAUUUUGUUACAAGAGAAUAACAUAUUUCAUAUACAAAGAGAUAUUCACUAAACGGGCGACAUAUUAAGAAAAGGAAGAAUGGAGAAUGCCGUCCUAUUUGCCAAAUGCUUCUAAUUUAACAGUGAAAUUCUAAUUUUUGUUGAAUAAUAGAGAGCUUGUUUCAUACACCUGCUGUGUAUAAUAAACAGGUUCUACUUUAUUAACUACCGUUCAGUUACGAUUAAUUAAUUUAAUCGAUUUUCUUACUGAAUUUAAUCGCUGGACUCGGCAAGGUUUUCUCCCUGGCAACUUGUAUCACUACUUUCUUGUUAAUUUGAGCACUGUAAACUUUCAUCAAUAUAUCCCAUCUACAUGAUUCUAUUUAUAUAAUAGCGAGAAAUCUGACUCCGAUUUAUAUUCAAUUAUGUUCCACUUUAAAGCACAUGCGGUUGUAUAGUGAAAAUAAAUCAAAUAUUUAUGAACU